GUUAAGGCCAAAGCUUUCAAUUCCCGUUCUAUAAGCUUAUCGCAUCAUUGACCAAGCCUUCGGUACUGACAGAUGCUCUUGAUAGCUUCCCAACCAAUAAAUUUUGUCGUUUUCCUCACUUGAAUUAUGCCCUUGUUGUGGGCGGAUAUUUCUUGUCACGGGGAGACGAUUUCUAAAAGCCGAGCACGGCCUCCAUCCUAGGUGAGAUCGUGUCGCUGGGAAGUGGUGCAGGCUAAGGGUGCGCAUAACCAAUGACUUAAAAGGGGGAUAUUGUUAUAUUAGUGGGAGGGGGAGAUAGUCCCCACCCCCGGGAUCUCCACUCAUGGCCUUUGUCACGUCAACAGACAUCUCUUGAAAUUCUAAUAAAUUCUGUUCCAUACCACCCACGGCCCUUCAUAAUCUUCCGGGGGUGGGUAGGUCGUAGACGUAUUAUGUGAGUGGUGACCCUAACCACAUCAAUGCCCUCUAAGUUAUUGACAAUUAUAUGAGCACAUUUUUAGAUUACAAUAUAAAACAGAUAACAGUGUAAAAUAAAUUAGCUGAUGAGAUGAACACCUGUGAAACGCAAGAACUAACCGAAACGAUACAGGUUGUCUCGCUUACGUUCGUUAUUUCCACCCAUCGUGUCAGUCAAGUUCAACUGUUUCAGGCAUCAUGAAUAAGAUCGUCCCAACGCUCCUACUGAAGGCGUUUCUGGUCACCUCGUCUCUAGCCUACUACGGCACCCCACCCACCACAGACUCCACCUGCCCAGUCUUCUUUACCGGAUUUGGCGACUCCUGUUACCGUUUCUUCGGCGACGCUCUCCCGUGGCGCGAAGCCGAGGCCCGGUGCCAGCGCUAUUUCUCGCCUGUGGGGACUCAAGGUCAUCUUGCGUCCAUUCACAGCUACGCUGAGAAUGCCUUCGUCUACGAGCUCUGGAGGAGUUCUAAGAUUGUGCCGUCUGACAUGAUCAGCAACUACAACAGAUUUGACUCAGUCUGGAUCGGCAUGAACGAUCUUGAGGUUGAGGGUAACUAUCGCUGGAGCGACGGGAGUGCUGUCAAGUACAGGAAAUGGGCCGACGCGGAGCCCAACGACACCAUCGCCAAGGACGACUGCGUGCACAUGAUGGACAUCCUCGGACGAGGCGUCCCAGGGGAGUGGAACGAUAUCGACUGUAACCAUGACAACGGCCUGCCAUUCAUCUGCAAGCUUAAGUUGACAAAAUAUUAGCGACUAUGACAUGGUUGUGACAAAUGUUUGACUGAGGCGAUCUAAGAUAAAAAACCUGGUGAAUUGAAGCUUCUAAACAAAAUGCCAUAUUCCAGCGAGAGUUGGUAUUUUCAUUUUCAGCUCUAAUUAGAAUACCCUUGAUAAUGCCUGUCACAUAAUGUCAUCGUCAUCAACCGGGUGUGUAUGACUUUAAAGGAGGGGCGUGGCCAUAAUUUUUAAGAAUGUCUACAUAGAUACUCAACUGCAGAAUCAAUUAAGAAAAACCGUACUUUUUGUCAAAUAUGAUCUUUGAACUUAAAGGAUUUGAACAAUUUUCUUGUAUAAUUACUAACCAUCUUUUAAUUUAUAAAUCUAAGUACCGUUUGCAUUUUUGACACAUUAAAUAUUUUUUAUUC